GAAAUUUUAACAAGUAAGCCCUCCACCUUCAGAUGGGCUGCUCAUUCUCCCGUGCUCUCGGCGAUUAACCGGCGCCGACGGCUGCCACACCUUCCCUCCAGUGAUAGCGCAAGGCCUGACCCAUCCCCACUUCCUCCCCUUCUGGCCCGAAGGAGAUCCUCCGGCUACUGCUCAAAGAAAGAAUCAGGAGCGCGCGAUUUGCCGGCUUCGAUGCGCGCGGCGUCGCGGAUCCGAUCCGCCGCCCUCAUGUGGUCAAUGAGGUCAUCCGAGGCGGGAUGAAUGGGGCCUCCGGUUGCUCCGUGCCGGCGGCGACGGGCGGCAAUGGUGCAGUGUUUCAUUCUUGGAGGCACGGCUGGGCGAGGCGAGUUGCUAGAUUUGCUCCUGUAUAUGGGACUAUGGCAUUGUCGUCAUCUGGAAUGGCACGUUGCUCUUACAGACGUCAUAGUGCUCGUUUCUACUCCUUUUUAUAUGCCCAAUGGAUUCUUCGUCAUCUUACAUGUUACUCAAGUACUUGUUGCUUGAUCCAUAGGGCCAUCAAGUUGAACCGAGCAUGCCUUACAAGAAAGAAAAUCCCGGGUUCAACUAAGGGCAAGCAUCUGGGCAAUAUUUAUCUGCUGCCUUCUUGGAAAUGGGUGCCUCUUUGGAUUCAACACACUAUGGACGAUUACUUUGUUUACAUCUUCCUUGAUUACCAUCCAACGAGAGUUCUAACUCUUGCUUAUCUACCAUUUGUCCUAUGCACAACUGUGGUAUUCACAUACCACGAUGCAAAGAUAAACACCAGGGCUCGCACCUUAGUGGGGUACUCACUGUUCUUGUUGCGCUCGCUUGGACUGAUAACAGAAGAGGUGGUGCUGCAACCUUUGCUGGUGUGUGUACCGUUGCUGCAGUAUUUUGCAUCGCAGAAGGUCAUGCUGAAGGGGCAAUGGCCAGGGAUCUGUCCUUGAUGUGUCCGGAGUUCAUUCAGGCAUUGUGAUAUACACUUUGUCUUCCCUAAGUUACCAAUUGUGAAGUUCUACCAUUACAAAACUGCUUCUGAGGGGUCUAUGAUGGUCAAUGCAGACCUUGCUGCUGGUGGCAUCGAGGGAAGUUCAAAUCCAUUGGAUGAAGAAGGCCCUUCUUUUCCUGAAUGUUUAAGCAGCAAGCAGUUCUUACUGCAAAACCUGGACUACUCAAUGGACAUGUUCCUGAUCUACACCCUGUCACUCUCAAUUUUCCCAGGGUUUCUAGCGAAGACACUGGAUCACACAACUUGGGUUCUUGGUAAUACAAGAUUCUGCGCACCCGACACAUAUCUCAAUUAGAGUGAUGGUUAGGUAGCCGAGCAGAAUGCUUUGGGGGGAACUUGCUCGUGCUAUCCCUCUUGGUGGGCUUAACAUUUGGAGAUGUUCUUUAUUGGCUCUGGCUCAUUGGCAAAGGGUGGUGACAUCCCUGGCGACCAUUUAUCGACGUUUCUGUGUAUCGCCACCAAAUCUACUUUUCAAAAUUAUGUGCAUACAUAGAUUAAGUAUAGUGUGACGUCGCAAAAUCAGCAGAUAAUGUUGUAAUGCUAAUGGUCGAUUAGAAUUGCCAUUUUAUUUGCUCAUCCGUUCGAAGCCUUGGAAGUUGGAACUGGCUGGGUACCACAGCAACUGAACAUUUUUCAGGCAGUUAUUGAUCAACUGUUAUCUUCAUUGCA